GAAAUUCAUAGAUUUUCGUGGAGAAAACAAAUUUCUUUCUUCCUCCAACAAAAUUGCUUUUUUAUACCAUCAAUUGUAGUGUAGAUUGCAAUAUAUUAUCUAAUUAACAUAAUUGAACAUCAAUUGGUUAUGUGUAGUGCAAAAUUGGAGCAAAAUCUGCAAUGGAGUAGUCACGGUUGAGCAGAAAAAUUCGAGGAAAACAAUAGCGCAGUGACCACUGAAAGUUUAUUGAAUUUUCACGGAGCAAAUUGUUUUUUUUAUCAAAAAAAAAACAUGCACUUCACACUGAAAUAUAUGAUAAGAUUUAAUCAGUUCUGCAAAUAAAGUCAAUGGAAGAACACACGAGGCUAUAAAUCGAACGGGAAAUGCUUCAAGUAUUCCAGUUCACAAAUACCAAAUAAAUUGGGUGAUUUUUUUUCUAAUACUUCCGAUAAUUGCAAAGACUACAGCGCAAAAUGGCCAGCAGUGGAGGAAAAGACCGCAAAUCCCGUUCGAGCAAAACGCAGGGAUGGGAGGAGGCCGGAGGGGAGUUCUAUCAGGAAAGCUACCCCGUUGGGGCUGAUUGGGAUGGUAUGCAACGUGAUCCAGCCGCAAUAGCUACCCUCUUGCCAUCCAAGCAGAAUAGAUAUGCCACAACUCGAAGAGUGCGGCAGGGUCAACAGGAAAAUCGCACAAGUAGGCGUCGACAGAGUGUCACAGCUACCCGUAGAAGUUCAACAUUUCGUGGAUUUCAGCAGAAUCAAGAGGUUCAAGUGGCCAUGUUGCCCGAUUUAUCAGAAAAUCUGACUGACGAAGAGAGAAUCUGGGAGGAGAUUCAUGAGAUAAAGUCCAUGCCAGUGUCAAUGGCGCAGAAGAAGGAGAUGAAGGCUCAGUUGCAGAAUGCAACAAAGCUGAGGCUACAGGGAUUUGAUCAGAUCAAGUGGCAGAGGCGGAAAGUGUGGCAACAGUUGCAGGCUAAGUGGACUGAGUGUUUGGCAAAAAUUGAAUUGUGGAAGGGUUCACUCAAGCGGAUUGAGGGGAACUUUGGGACGGGAGUUGUGGCAUAUUUUUUAUUCCUGCGAUGGCUCAUGUUUCUCAAUUUGGGUAUCUUUUUGAUAAUACUGGGCUUUGUGGUGAUGCCACAGAUAUUUCUUGUGGCUCCAGAAGAUGAUGAAUGUUUGGGGGAUAUGCCUAAUUCUACGGCGUGCUGUGCAGAAGAUUAUUUGAAUGGGACAAGUGGGUUUUCGGUGCUGGAUAUCAUUCAGGGAACGGGAAUAAUGGAGAAGACACUGAUGUUCUAUGGUAUGUAUUCCAAUCAAAUUUAUGGAUAUCAUGCCAAUGUCAAUACUAGUCUAAUAGGUUUUAGUAAGUCACUGUACUAUGAUUUGCCAUUGGCAUUUAUUUGUACGACAUUGACGUAUUUUUUGGUGUCAUUGGUUGCCAUUGUGAGGGCAGCAUCGAGAGAAUUUAAGGAUAGAUUGGUUGAGGGUGAAGGACAAUUCUAUCAAUAUUGCAAUUUGAUAUUUGGUGGUUGGGAUUUCUGUAUACACAAUGAGAAAUCCGCUGAGAUUAAGCACAAAGCUCUUUUUAAUGAAAUUAAGGGUCUUCUGUUGGCAAAAAAGAUGGAAUUUGAGAGAUUCAAUCGAACAAGUGAUAUUAUGGCUAAAUUGAUAGCUAUGCGAUUUUUUAUUAAUUGCAUCGUACUGAUAAUUUUGGCAGCAUCAGCUGUUGUUAUUUACUAUCUUUUAAAUAUAUCUCUGGCUUACUUGGAUCCAAAUUAUACACCGGAAAAUAUUUUAUCAUCCUUCAGUGAUGCCACUGAAAAUAAACUACUAGUCACGCCAUCUGUCGUCAAGGAUAUCUUUCGCAAUGACAGUGAUGACAGUGUCGAUGAAAAUCGAACAAUCAGCGAUCAAUUGAUCGUACUAUUCUAUGAAUUUCUUCCCUACAUCGCCAUUGUCUUACUGAAUAUCCUUGUGCCCAUACUUUUUAACUAUUUGGUCCAAUUUGAGCAAUAUUCCCCAGUGUUUGUCAUCAAAAUGGCCCUAUUGCGUACCAUUCUGCUGAGACUGGCAUCCCUUGGUGUACUCCUGAGUCGUUUCUAUUUACUGGUAAGCCCACAUGUUGAUCCUGAUGUGUGCUACAAUGCCAAUAGAGGCACCCCACAGUGCUGGGAGACAUUUGUAGGGCAACAAUUGUAUAAAUUGUUCAUUAUUGAUUUUGUAACACAUAUAUUUGUCACGUUUUUCAUCAAUUUUCCACGUGCACUCAUUGCACAGCACGUGAAUACCAAAUUGGCGCGUUUUGUGGGUGAACAGGAAUUUGAAUUGUCAAAACAUGUCCUCGAUAUUAUCUAUUCCCAAACACUAUGCUGGCUGGGUAGUUUCUAUGCACCAUUUCUUCCUGGAAUAGCCUUCUGUCUGAACUUUUUGAUGUUCUACAUCAAGAAAUUUGCCUGUUUGGUCAAUUCUAAACCACCAGAGAUUCACUAUAGAGCUUCCCGAUCAAAAUCCCUCUUCAUGUUCAUCCUUCUACUGUCCUUUGCAAUAGCUGUUAUACCAGUGGUUUAUGCCGUGGCCGAGAUACUUCCGUCCCGAUCGUGUGGUCCAUUCCGUGGAUUGGAAUCUGUGUGGGAGGCCGCGAUAAUGGCAUUUAUGAAAAUGCCAACAUUUGUACAAAAUAUCAUAUUUUUCUUCGGUACAGCUGCCUUUGCUGUUCCAGCAUUUAUCAUUCUUAUCUUGCUCCUGUACUACUAUUAUGCCGUAUCAGCAGCCAAUAAGCAUAUGGUUAAUGUGCUUAAGAAUCAAUUGGUACUGGAGGGGCGUGAUAAGCAAUUUCUGCUCAAUAGACUGAGUUCCUUUAUAAAGCAACAGCAAGACUAUCAGAAGAAGAUGCGACAGGCGGAAGCGCAUCAGCGCGAUAGGGCAGCCAAUCGCGAUAGUCGAACUAGUCGAAAUGCUGGAGAACGUGAGGCUGAAUAGAAACUUUUUUCCUUUAUUUUUUUCGUAUUCUUCUGAAGAAAGGAUAAUAGUUAUCAUCGUUAUCAUAUUCCAACAUUCUCCUAUCAAAUUUACCCAAUUUACCCCAUUUCCCAGUGUGACUAAUUCAUUCAAGUUUCAUGGCAAAAUUACACCAGUUUUUAAAAACCUUCCUAUUUCAUAGCUUCAAAGUAUGAAUAUUUAAUUUUUGUUUUUAAGUCUGGAAAGGAAAAGUAAUUUAAAUUGAGAGAUAGGGGAAAAUACUCUCCCUUCGAACGUUCAUGCCUUCGAAUAAUGUGAAUUUUCUUUUAGUUUUUCUAUAAGAGACUUACACAUUGCUAUUAAAUAUUAGUUAGCUUAUCAUCAAUUGCUGAUAAUUCCGUGAUAAUUUAGUGUAAAUCUCUUACAAAAAACAAAAGAAAUUCACAUUAUUUGAAGGCAUGAACGUUCGAAGGGAGAUCACUUUCCCCUACUGAAGAAUUUUUCAAAUUUGAACGCUUAAAUGGUUAUAAAUUCAACUCCAAGGCACCGAUUUUCAUAAUCUUGGGCGCGAUUGAAAGGUCUUGAAAUACACAAAACCCUCUGGAACAAGUUAAGUUGCUAAAACUAACACCAGAGGCGCUGUAGUUAUAAUACCUAAUUUCCAUUUCUAAGUGAUUUCCAUCAGCGUGUAUCACAUAAGCAUUUUUUUGUGAUAUUCUUUUAUUUAUUUUAAAUCAGCAUAUUUUUUUCAAAAUGUUUAAAAAAAAUAAUAUCCUCACUUAUUAAAUAUUUACAAAAAAAUUAAAAAUAAAGUAACAAUGAUUUUUGGCGUCAGGAGGGGAAUUCUGUAACGCUCUGGCAAUGCCAUAUGAGAAAUUGGGUUCGAAUCUUAGGAGAGCUUUUUCGAAAAUGCGAUUCUGUAGCCGUGACAUUGUCAUUUCAGCUCACCUGGCAUUGUCAGAAGUCACAUAUUUGAGAUUUCUGGCAAUUCAAAUGACAAUGAAUUUUGUUAAACAAAUCAACCAAGACGUACUGUAUUUUCAUAAAAUCAUCAAAUAAAGGGAUUUCUUUAAAAAAUCAAUGAAUUGCAUUUUCGAACUCAUAUAUGACAAAAAAAACUCGAAUGGCAUUGUCAGGUUUCGAACUCACGCGUGACAAUGCCACGAAAAUUACAGAAUUUCCCUACAGGUUUUUUUUUAUUAAUUUGCAUGUUACAAUAAAAUUUCCAAUGGUAUUUCUUGAUCAAAUUUUUACUCAUAUAUGUAAUUAUAACUUUUAAAAAUAUGUUUCCAUUCUUUUUAAAUUUGCAAACCAUUUUUUGGAAAUUAUUAAUAAAACAUUCCCACCAGGAAAAUAGUUUACAUAGUUUGAAAUUAAUUAUAGCUGUGAAGCUCAAUCGACUUUAACUUUCCUUAUUAAGAAUGUAAAAGCUCUAGCCAAUCAGAGCUUGAUAGGAUCUAGCUGUGAUAGGACUGAAGUAAAAGGAGGCCAAAAAAUAAUUCGUCAAGUCUGAAAUUUAAAAUUAAGUAAUCUAAAUUUACAAACUUAACUGUAAUAGAUAUAGAAAAAAAAAUUUUUUUUCUGUUAAAAGUAGCAAAAUUUUCAAGUAUGCGAUGUUUGCGAUGAGUAUUUCAGAUACAACAAUUGCAUAUUGUCUUACAAAUUGAAUAAUAGGAGAUUAUUUUACUAACAUUUUCAAUGCUUCUAGUCACAAGUAGAGAAUUCUGAGCUCAAUGAGAAGAAAAAUCUCCAUGAAGAUCUUUCCAUUCCUGAAUAAUUUUCAAAAUGCUUAUGCUAUACUAGCUGAUGGAAAACAUGAUAUGAGAAUGAAUAAUGAAAAAAUACCACUUUUUUCAAAGCCUUUGGAAUAAUCUUCCGUAAAUCAAGCUGAUUUUUGUGUAUUUUUUUAGAAUUUUCCUUAAAUUCCAUCAGAAAAAGCUUAUUUAAAGGCACUGAAAGCUUCCAACAAACGAAGAAAAUAUCUUGUAAAAUCUUGUAAGAUUUUUGUCUAUCCCUUUCAUCAUAUUCUUGUAAAAUCUUGGUAUUUACAACAAGACAACUUCUUAGAAUCUCAUCCAUCAAGGCUAUUGCACAAAAUUCUUGUCAAACUGUGAUUUUUAUAGCAAUUUUUCAAUAGAUGGCGCUGGGAAAUACUUAGUUUUCUCUUUAUAGUCUUUAGUUUUUUUUUUCUUACACAGAACGAAUUUGGAAUGUUUUCUUUGAAAUUAUUUAUUAAUUUGUUAAAAAUAAUCACGAUUUUAAUGUGCAAUUCCAAUUUACUAAACUGCUAUAUUGAAGAAGAAAGUCAAUGUUUGAGUAAUAGCGGCCACAGCCGUCUUAGCGUUGAUGACCAACUCACAGAGUACAGUAGACUCUCGCUCAAUCGGCUCUUCUUUUUCAAUCGAGCGCAAAAUUUCGUAGACAAUUUUCAUGUUUGAUUUUAAAGCAAAUUUGUUCAAAUUCACUGUAAUUCCUCUUGUUUUAUCGUGAUUCUUUAUAUUUGAGCGCCUUUUGUGGAAUUUGCAAUAAUUUGGAUGCCAAAAUCGCCAAAAUCUCUCGAUAAUUUGGAUCACAUUUUGCCCCAUAUGCUCGAUUGAGAGAGAGUCUACUACAAAAUCGGUGGAGAACUUGUUCACUUCUGCUAAUAUAAAGGAUUGCCCAAUUGAAAUGUAACCAAAUUCAGGAUGCUAUAACUUUCAUACUAAUAGUUAGAAUAUCCCCAUAUUCAGCAUAAUGAUAAUUCAUUUUAUUGGUUACAAAGCCACGAAGGCAUUUGUGAUUUUUUUUUUAGAAUUCUUUUACCCCGUAAAAAAUGCAUAGGGUAAGUGUGUCAAAUUUCGGCAUAGUUGCGUGCAAGCGUCAAAGUCUCAAGUUUGAAAUGUAAUAUUUUAAAUACAAAUUGAUUUUUUUUAUUCUUUCUUUUGUAAGAGUGUUGCUUGGAACCUUGUUAAGAGUUUACCGUCUUUAUUUACUCUAAAAUCAUUCUUGAAACAUUUUAAAAUGUAGACAUAGCUUUGGUGCCCUAUUUCGGCCACCUUCAUUCUCAUAGUUCCUUGCCUUCCGGGAAUUCUUCCAAUAUUCACGUCAUCUCGUUUGUCGAAGCUACAUUUUUUGUUAUUCUUUUGCAUUGUAUAAUCUCUAGAGUACGUAAAAUCUAAAAGUUCAUGGAAAUACGAGGAACAAAAAAGGUGGCCGAAAUUGCAAGCUGGCCGGAAUUUGGCACACUUACCCUAUACUGUGUUUUAAAGAGAUGGAAAAGCGUCCCAGUUUUGCGCAGUGCUGAAAUUAACGAGAAAGAGCUAUCCGUGUAGUAUAUUUUCGCAUGCGUUUAGGGUAAAUACCGCUUUACUACAGAUUAAAUUUAAAAAAAUGCACCCUAACUAUCUCCAAAACAUAUUCAAAGAUGAAAAUAUAUUUACGAGCAGUUUUUGAAAUAAACUAAAAGACAUGGCCUGGGAGGGAAAAGAGGGUGGUGAAGGAAAAAGAAAAAAGACUGUCCUAGAUAAUGUAGACUUAUGGCGGGAGGUGUUGUCGCUGGCCGGAAGUCGAUAUCUCUUACCGUUUUGCCUCUAGCCGUGUCAUAAGCUUUCGAAUAAAUAAAAAAACACUUUUGAAUAAUAUUUGAGAAUGAUAUAUCAAUUACGGGUACUUUAGCAACUCAUGACCGAUUAAAUCCGAUGCAGUCGGGUUGGAAAUUUCAAGAUCUUUCAAAAGAAAUCCAAAUUUAAGUAAAUCGGUUUUAAAAAUAGGCCCUCCAAAGUGGUUAAACUGGUUUAUGGGGCGGUCGUCGAAGACUGGAAGUUGAUAUCUCUUACGUCCUCAAGUGGUCGUCUUACAAUUUAAAAAAAAAAGUGGAUUGUUUAACUGCUUUCUUUUUGAGUUCUAGCAGUAAAAUGAUUUGAUAAAUUAGCUCCUAAUUGUAGGCAAAGAUGCAUAGUGCAAGUGUAUUUGCAUAAUUUCAUUAUUUGCAUAAUACCGGGACCCUUUGAAUUGCCAACAGCCAUGAGACUGAGAUUGCAAAAGGAACUCUAUGUAAAGCCUUACAAAUUUCAAAAAAGACAAGAUUCUACCGAUAUUAAAAAAGUUAUGCUCGAUAGAACUGAGUUGCAUCACUUGUCGUUAGAGACCAGUUGCCAAAUGUCUUUAAUGAGAAUGGGUUUAAAACUGAACAAUUUGUGAAUAAAUAAAACGAUCGUGUUUACUUAAGAGAAAGGUUAUACGACAAUUUAUGAAUAUUUGAAUAAUCAGCAGAAGUCAAGGAGCAUAGUUUUUAAUGGUAUGGGCUUCCAUUACCGCAGAUUAUCGUUUUCCAUUAGGGUUUUUGGCCUUUGACUGAAUGUGUGUGGAAAAUUGUCCAGGAAGGAGCUCUGAAGCCCUGGGCAUGCAAAUGUUUAAGUACGAAACAGUGGAUGUUCCAGCAAGACUUUCAUCGUAACAGAAAUGGUUAGAAAUAUAUCAGACUGAUGAGUCAAUUUUCUUUAGGAAAAUACUUGCUAUUAGUCUUCAGUCCCUCUAUGCAAAAAGGUAUGGAAAAAUGAAAUGUGGAGAGGCCCCUGGUUGUAGUUUCUGCCAAAAGUGGUUACGUCAAUAAUUUUCCUCAAGUAUUGCAAGUUUUCGGUUUUCUUUCUUGUUUAAUUUUUUCAGACAUUAAUUUUGAAUUAAAAAAUACAGCGUUUUGAAAAGUUUGCUAUUUAAUUGGGCCAUCCUGCAUGUAGAAAAUAUUCGUCGGUUGCUGUCUGCAGAGAAUGUUCAAAGAGGGCUUUAGAGAUCAUUAAAAAAAACAAGAUUUUGGCAAUACUUUUACAAGAUUUUACCAAAAUAUCUGGCGACAGAGGUGACCAAAAAUCUUGUUACUUUAUAUGUAUGUCAGUAACAUUUAUCAAGAUUUUCACGAAAAAAAUUUUUUUUUUAAGAGUAAGUAUACUUAUUUGGGUCAAAUUAUCAUAUUUUCUUCAGUAACGAAUGAAACGUCACAUUUUGUAGCUAAUUUCAUUACACUUCAGAUGCGGUACGGAGUUGCCAGAUUUAAUUUAUUUACUGGUCUUAAAACGAUUUAGACUCGGACUAAUAAUUUAGAAAUCACCAGAUGACGUACAGUAGACUCUUGCUAAUUCGGCUCUUUUAAGAUCGGGCUCCUUUUUAUUCGAGCAGCAGUUAAAUUCGAAAUAGUUUAUUGACAUUUUUUAAGUACGAUUAUGAUUAUCGAAUGAAGCAAAUAUGCUCAAAUUUGCCAUGCUUUGUCUGAGUUUUGAUGUGAUUUUGCAUUAUUAAAUGGUUUUCAUGCAAUUUAUAAUAGUAAUGAGCAUGUAAACUCAAUAUGAGUAUGCAUAUCAACAAAAAAUCGUUACAUUUCAAACAACUUGACGCCCGAAUUUCUCUCUAAUUCGGUUGACAUUUCGGUUGAGAGAGUCUACUGUAUAUUUUUUUAACGUUUCGUAUUAGUUUAGAAACGCCCUACAAAUAAUAAUAAAUUUUGCUUUGUUAUUCUCUUCGAAAUUCAGUGAUUUUGCAAAUCUUUUCAAAAUAUUCAUACUUUGAGAAUAUGAUUUGAAUUGUUUUCUUUUCUUUCUGUCAUAUUUGCACUACGGAUAUUAUAUGUUUACAAACUUUAUAUAUUGUAUACUUACCCAUCGAAGGUUUUCUAACAAAUUCCACAUCGCUCGUAUCAAAUCAUUUUUCAUGUCAUGUAUUUUUCACAACUCAUUGGUUUGAUAUCUUAACCGAUAUAGGGGAAAAAAGAGAAAUCGUAUGGAAAUUGAAUGAAACAGUAUUUUCUACUAAUAUUUAAAAAGAAAAACUAUAUAGUAAUAUAAUUUAAUUUUUUUUUCCAAUUGUGACAAACAAAAGAUAAUCAACAGACUGUACUAUAUUUAAUUUUAGUUGUUUUUUCUUUGCAAGAAAAUAAAAUCAAUCCAUUUAUAUGAAAAUAUACAACAAGUGAGGAAUUAAUAAGAAUUUUAGCUGUAAUAAGUAAGUCAUAAAAUAUAGAAAAAUGAAAUAUACCAACAACAAGACACACAAUAAAUUCACACAAAAUAAUAUCAUAUUCUUACGUAAUGAAAAGAUGGGAUGAGAAGAAAACGAAGCGUACUUUUUAAAUGUAAAUUAAAAGGGUUUCCAGAAAAUACAGCAAGAAAAGAAAAAUACUGCCCAUACGAUAAAACACAAUUUUUGCAAAAACUAUAUUCUUUUAGCAAGGGAUUAGAGAGAUUUUUUAAAAAAAAAAAGGAGAAAAAACACCAAAUAGUAAUAUCUUCCUCACUUUUACCAUACGUUUUGUGAUUUAUUUAAAAAAAAAAAAAACAAUGAAAAGAAAUGAAAAAUGAAAAAAGGGAAGAAAUUAUUAUCUUUAUGUAAUAAAGUACGAUGUAAUCAGAGUAAAAUAAAAUAAGCAUAAACGAA